AUGGCCUAUCUUUAUCUAUUAUGCAUGUGUUAUUUUAUUUGGACUCCAAGUGCAAAUGCAUCACUUUCGACAAUAGGCAAUGUCUACUAUAACAUGAGCUAUAAUUCAACUGACACCAUAAUCACUCGUCUGACCGUAAAAUAUCAAAUAACUUGUGCUGCUCAAUGUGCAAAUCUGUUUGCCAAUUGUAGUACUGCUGUAUUUGAUAGUUUAACUACUCCUCAAUGUUCGCUAUAUAGCGGGAAAGUUACACCAGAGAAUCUUACCGUCUCGAUGAAUACAAUAGUUUAUGAUUUUCAGCAGAGCAAAUUAACAGCUACUCCGAUCUUACAUGGUUGGAAUACAACGGGCAUCACUGCAGCUGGUGCGAGUGAUGGUUCUGGAGGCACAGCAGAUAAUCUGUUCUCUCAACCAUAUGGGAUCGCAUUGGGUUCAUUCGACUCACUUUAUAUUGCCGAUUUUAGCAACAAUCGCAUACAAAAAUGGUUAAUCAAUGCAUCGAAUGGUACAACGAUGGCUGGUCUGUUCAAUGGCACUGCUGGUGCAAGCUCAAUUGCUUUGAACUUGCCUGCCAGUGUUGUGCUUGAUUCUAAUGAUAAUAUGUAUUUUACAGAUAGAGAUAACCAUCGAGUCGUAUAUUGGGCAAAUGGUGCAUCAUCUGGCACUACGAUUGCUGGUAUUCUAGGUGUUCCGGGAUCUACGAACAAUACCUUCUAUGGCCCGUGUGGUAUAGCCCGUGACUCAAGCACAGGUACACUUUACAUAGCCGAUUCAUUCAAUCAUCGAAUAAUGCAAUAUCUUUUGAAUGCUUCGUCGGGUACAGUAGUUGCUGGUGGAAAUGGUGCAGGACCUGGUACUACACAAUUGGCGUAUCCAUAUGGUCUUACUUUUGAUUCGUCCACAAAUAGUCUUUUAAUUGCUAAUGCUCAAACCAACAAUAUUGUUCGUUGGGUGUUAGGUGCAAGUAGCUGGACACUCGUCAUUGGCAGUCCUACUGGAUUAAGUGGUAACACAUCGACACUUCUCAAUCAACCGAUCGGCAUCACAUUAGAUCCAAUGGGCAAUAUCUAUGUAGCUGAUUCGGGAAACCAUCGCAUUCAAUUCUUUUUUGCAGGCCAGUUCAACGGCAUAACCAUUGCUGGCGUCACAGGUUCACCUGGCAUUAGUCAGAGUCAAUUGUUUUCUCCCUAUUGGGUAAUAGUUGAUAAUCAACUGAAUUUAUAUGUAUCCGAUACUUUUAACAACCGAGUUCAGUUUUUUUCACAUUAUUUAAUAUGA